AUGAAGAUUAAUUAUAUUGGUAUCUUCCGUAAUGGUGAAGGUGAUGGAAAAGCUUUAGAGCUAUCUGAGGUUAAGGACUUAUCGCAAUUUGGUUUUUUUGAGAGAAGCAGUGUUGGUCAGUUUAUGACUUUCUUUGCCGAAACUGUCGCCUCGAGAACUUCUGCUGGUCAAAGGCAAUCUGUCGAAGAAGGUAACUAUGUUGGACAUGUCUACGCUAGAAGCGAAGGUGUCUGUGGUGUCUUGAUAACUGACAAAGAAUAUCCAGUUAGACCUGCAUACACAUUACUAAAUAAAAUUUUAGACGAGUAUUUGGUUGCUCAUCAACCAAGUGAAUGGGAAAAUAUAACAGAAACAAAUGAAAACUUGAAAUUCAAGGAGUUGGAAAUAUACAUCAACAAAUACCAAGACCCAUCUCAAGCGGACGCUAUCAUGAAAGUUCAACAAGAGUUGGAUGAAACAAAAAUUGUUUUACAUAAAACUAUUGAAAAUGUAUUACAAAGAGGUGAAAAGUUGGAUAAUUUGGUUGAUAAAUCAGAGUCAUUAACUGCAAGUUCAAAAAUGUUUUAUAAACAAGCAAAGAAAACAAACUCUUGUUGUGUGAUUGUUUAA